AUGGCCGGACUCCGUCGAGAACCCUCGCAGUUCUUCAUAUUCUUCCUGAUCGCCUUCGUCUCCACAUUCGUUAUGUCGGCAGUCUUCCGUACUUUGGCGGCUAUCACGAAAACGAUCUCCCAGGCCAUGGCCUUGGCUGGAGUUCUGGUGCUUGCAAUCGUGGUCUACACUGGCUUCACGAUACCGGUGCCUUAUAUGCACCCAUGGUUCUCCUGGAUACGGUUCUUGAACCCAGUUUUCUACGCCUUCGAGAUCCUGAUCGCAAACGAGUUCCAUGGCAGGCAGUUUACCUGCUCACAAUUUAUACCUGGAUACACGCCAUUGCCUGGCAACUCGUUCAUCUGCUCCUCGAAAGGCGCAAUCGCUGGUGUGCGCACCGUCAGUGGCGACGAUUAUAUCCAGGCAUCUUACACCUACACCUACGCUCACGUCUGGCGCAAUUUCGGCAUUCUCCUUGCCUUCCUGAUCGGCUUCCUUACGUUGUACUUCGUGGCAGUAGAGCUCAACUCGUCGACAAGCUCGACUGCAGAAGUCUUGGUGUUUCGUCGCGGUCACGUGCCCAAGUACAUGCAAGAGAGUGACAAGAAAGCGGACGACGAAGAGCUCGCAGCGCCCGAGAAAGGUGUGGCGACGAAGGAAGAGGAAGGUAAAGACGACGUAAAUGCCAUCCCGCCCCAGACAGAUAUCUUCACAUGGCGGAACGUCAAGUAUGACAUUGAGAUCAAGGGCGAGCCACGAACACUACUGGACAACGUCUCUGGCUGGGUGAAACCGGGCACACUAACAGCUCUCAUGGGUACAUCUGGUGCUGGAAAGACUACUCUGCUUGAUACACUUGCGCAACGUACGACGAUGGGUGUAGUCACGGGCGACAUGUUUGUCAACGGAAAGGAACUAGAUGGUAGCUUCCAGCGCAAGACUGGUUAUGUGCAACAACAAGAUCUGCAUCUGGAAACAUCGACCGUACGAGAGUCGCUUCGCUUUUCAGCGAUGCUUCGGCAGCCCAAGACGGUCAGCAAGAAGGAGAAAUACGACUAUGUCGAAGACGUUAUUAAGAUGCUCGGUAUGGAAGACUUCGCGGAAGCGGUCGUGGGUGUUCCAGGCGAAGGACUUAACGUCGAGCAGCGCAAGUUGUUGACCAUCGGUGUCGAGCUCGCUGCGAAGCCAAAGCUGUUGUUAUUCUUGGACGAGCCGACAUCUGGACUGGACUCCCAAUCGUCAUGGGCGAUUUGCGCUUUCUUGCGCAAGCUCGCCGAUAGUGGACAGGCCGUGCUAUGCACCAUCCAUCAGCCCUCCGCCAUCCUAUUUGAGCAAUUCGAUAGACUGCUGUUCCUUCGCAAAGGAGGUCAGACGGUCUACUUCGGCGACCUUGGCAAGAGCUCCCGGACUCUUCUUGAUUAUUUUGAGCAGAAUGGUGCCAGAGCAUGCGCGGAGGACGAGAACCCUGCUGAGUACAUGCUCGAGAUUGCGGCGAGCAAAGACAUCGAUUGGCAUGAGACAUGGAAAUCGAGCUCCGAAGCUCAGGGCAUUUUCGAUGGCAUUGAUAAGAUCCACGAAGAGACCGCACACAUGGAGAACAAGGAUGAUGAUCCUACUGCUCACAAUGAGUUCGCGAUGCCAUUCACUACGCAGCUCUACGAGGUUACAUACCGAGUCUUCCAGCAGUACUGGCGUAUGCCCUCCUACAUCAUGGCGAAGUUUUUGCUUGGUCUUGCCUCUGGAUUGUUCAUCGGGUUCUCCUUCUACAACGCUGAUAACAGCCAGCAAGGCAUGCAAAACGUCCUCUACGGCCUUUUCAUGGUCAGCUCGAUAUUCAGCACCAUUGUUCAGCAAAUCAUGCCGCUUUUCGUGACGCAGCGAUCGCUCUACGAGGUUCGAGAACGACCGAGCAAGGCUUACUCCUGGAAAGCCUUCUUGUGCGCCAACAUCAUUGUUGAAUGGCCAUAUCAAAUGAUUGUUGGGAUUCUGGUUUUCGCUACGUUCUACUACCCCAUCGUUGGCAUCCAGGACUCCGAACGACAAGGCCUGGUCCUCGUACUCUGCAUAGUGUUCUUCAUCUACGCAGCGACGUUCGCACAUUUAUGUAUCGCCGCUCUUCCGGAUGCUCAGACGGCCGGUAGCAUUGUCACCAUCCUAUUUGCUAUGACUUUGAUCUUCAACGGUGUUAUGCAAUCUCCCUCAGCACUCCCUGGCUUCUGGAUCUUCAUGUAUCGGGUAUCCCCUCUUACAUACUGGGUUGGAGGUAUGGCAGAUGCGAUGCUUUACGGCCGUCCGGUGCAGUGCUCCAGCGAUGAGACUAGUGUUUUCAACCCCCCAAGCGGCCAGACCUGCGGCUCAUACAUGGCGGCAUAUCUGACCCAAGCACCUGGUACGCUCCAGAACCCGGACGCAACGUCAGACUGCCAAUACUGCGCUCUACGCUCUGCCAACCAAUUCCUGGCCGGUGUCAAUAUAUCCUGGGCGGACAGAUGGCGUGACUUUGGCCUGAUGUGGGUGUACGUUGGGUUCAACGUCAUGGGCGUCAUCUUCUUGUACUGGUACUUCCGCGUCCGCAAAUCGAGCGGCAAGAAGUCCGUCGGUUUCCGUGGCAGGAUGGGCCAGCUCAAGCAAAGCUUCGACAACAUCUACAAGACCAGGGCCAAGGUCAACAAGAGCAACGCGCAGGUGUUCUGA